UCAGAAGAAGAGUAUUCUUUUUUAAAUGAAGGCAAAUUGUCUAUUACAAGCAACAACUCAAACCCUGAACCCAUUGCGCCGUUCACUGCUGAUUUCACCAGUUUUCCUAAGGAGCUUAAUUAUUUUAAAUUCUUUGGACCUGCUGAGAAUCAAGCUUACUGGUAUUUUCUAGGACUUAUUAAAAGGAACUGUGGCAGUUGCUGGGCAUUUGCCGCUGCUGGCGUCGUGGAGGGCGUUUACAGUUGGAAAACUGGUCACCGGAAAGGUGUGAGCCUUGCCAAACAGGAGCUGGUCGACUGUGCCCACGAAAAGUACGGAUACGCCGGAUGUGAUGGUUGCAAUGGGUGUCGGGGUGAUGAGGCACUAGAGUACAUACGCCAGAAUGGAAUUGCCCUCACUGAAAGUUAUCCGUACUACGCCGAACUAGGCACUAAGUGUCUCCGCUCAUCAGUGAAGCGGUUUAUUCGCCCAGGAGCAUUUGAAGUAUGCCAGCUGCCAGCGGAUUCUAAUGCCGAAAAG